AUUACUGGUGGCCAGCGGAGAGACAGAUUAUACGGCUCUACACAACUGUUGUUUUAAUCCCCUGGGCGAGGAGAUUUAGCAAAGAAAAAACACAGGUUUUAAACCCAGCAGCCAUAUUGUAUGGAAAAACGACGGAAAGACUCCUCUUUUCAGAAAAAGUCGUGUUCUCCCACACCUCUGUCAGGACUUUUGGGGAGUUUAAUUGUUUUUCUUACUGGCGGUGGGUUUGUGUCGGACAGCUAGCUUGCCAGCUGGCUGAGGAAUUCAGACAUUUGGACUAGUUUUGAGCCAUUUUACACAAUAUUGUGGUUGUGUCUUUGGGUGAAAGGUGUUGAAUUAACCGUCUGAAAGAUGAAGGACCGAUUGGAGCAACUUAAAGCGACGUGUGAUCAAGAUGACGACGAGGUGGAGAUCGCUGUGGAUAACGCAGCCUUCAUGGACGAGUUCUUCUGUCAGAUCGAGGACAUCAGGAACAGUAUUGAUAAAAUCGAUGAGAACGUGGCUGAAGUCAAAAAGCUUUUCUCAGUCAUUCUGUCUGCUCCCACAUCAGAUCAGAAAACACAGGAUGAUCUGGAGGCAAUUACCAAUGACAUCAAGAAGAUGGCAAACAAUGCAAGAAACAAACUUAAGACCAUCGAGAGGAAUCUGGAGUCAGAGGAGCAGGAGAGGGUGUCGGCUGACAUGCGGAUACGUAAAUCACAGCAUGCAGUGCUGUCCAGGAAGUUUGUGGAGGUAAUGACGAAGUAUAACGAAGCCCAGGUGGACUUCAGGGAGAGGAGUAAAGGACGCAUCCAGAGACAACUAGAGAUCACUGGAAAAGCAACAACAGAUGACGAAUUGGAGGAGAUGUUGGAGAGUGGCAACGCUGCUGUGUUUACUGCAGGGAUUGUGGACGCUGGGAUCUCUAAACAAGCCCUGAGCGAGAUUGAAUCCAGACACAAAGACAUUGUCCGUCUGGAAAGUAGCAUCAAGGAGCUGCACGACAUGUUUGUAGACAUCGCCAUGCUGGUGGAGAGCCAGGGUGACAUAGUAGACAACAUAGAGCGGAAUGUAUCCAAGUCAGUGGACCACAUAAUAGUGGCUAAGGAACAGACCAAAAAAGCUGUAAGGCACCAGACCAAAGCACGUAAGAAAGUGGUGAUAAUAAUCGUGGUUGUGCUGAUCUUGGUGGGCUUACUAGCUCUCAUAAUCGGGUUGUCAGUGGGAUUGAAGCACUCAUGAGCUAUUUGAAUAAGAGGAGAGCUAAGGAGGAUGAUCAUUAUUGGUGCGGUCUGUGCUGUGGUUGUCAUCCUCCUUAUUGUCAUCCUCUCCUGGACACUAAAACAGGACUGCUGUUUUGCUACCAUCAUCAGUUUAUCCAUCAUCCACUCCACCCCAUCCUCCAUCAGCCAAAGAAAAACUCAUACUGAUCACUCCAUGUGGAUGUAAUAUUUUUAAACCUGCAGACGCAAGUGCUAGUGUUACAUUUGACCUCUGGAAAAAAAAGAAGACCUGCAAGACAUGAUACUUGUAAAAACUUUUAGCCCAAUCAGAACCGUCCUUCUGGUCUGUGAGGGUCUGUCUGACUCCUUCAGUGUGAGGAUGCUCUGCUGCAAAUGAGGAAAUGACGCUAAAGCUGACUUGAGCUACAAUAAAUCUUGUAUCUCUGCGGAGGGGGAAAAGGGAAUUGAAAAAUAACCGAUCAUAAUGUCACUCCAGUGCCAACACUGUACAUUUCAUUGUCCAACAUUUAAUGCCAAAGAAUCAGCCUGAAGGUCAUCUGAAAUUGAUUUUAAAGUCCAGUGAGUUGGACUCUUGUGAAGCGCUGUAGAAGCACCCUUACUGUUAUCUCUUGCCUUUAUGAGCCUUGACACAUUCUGUGAUUGAAAAGCUAGCUGCUGUACGUUCACUGUAUUUUGGAUUUUGUUAGUUUUUGGGAGGAGUUCCAGCACUUUCACAUUUAAAAAUAUGUCUUUAUGUCUGUGAUUAUUAAGCUUAGAUGAUCCUGUGAAUAAUAGAAUUAUUAUAUUGCGUAGCCCUGAAAUAAUGUGGCUCUGUCUUUAACUGGAAGAGGAUGGUGUGCUCACUUAUGAUUCUUCAGUUCAGAGAGCCCGGGGGUUCCUGAUUUUAAAUAUGAAGGAUGGUGAUGAUGGAAACACAUUUCAAUGACAGGUGGAGCCAAAAAAAAGACAGACUAGGUGGAUAAACAUGCACCUAUUGCUUUAAAACUUAACACUGCAACAUCUGGGAGAAAUGCCUGGGUACUUGUUUUAUAUCUUUGCAAACCUGUGUCACCAUCUUGCACCGUGACCAUCUGUUAUAAUGCUUUAAAAACAUGUUUUAAUGCCAAAGGACAUAAGGAGAGACUGGUAGUGACACUAGUUUCAGUUUCAGUGCCUGAAUAGUCUAAUAAGUAAGUAAUAGUAAUAUAUUUAUUAUACUUUUUGAUGCUGUCGUUAAUGAAGUCACACACACAGGAUGAAGUGUAAAAGGACACUCUAACUAACCCUAUACAAAGGUCUCCCUGAUCGGUGGCUAUUUAUGACUAGUGUUAUGUGCAUUUCCUGACGUAUUUUAGGUCUCAUUACAUUCUUACUGUAAACACACACCUCAGUUUCCAGUUUAUUAGGUACAACUAUGUAAAACAAACAGCCCUGCAAUAAAUCCCCUGUUGGUGAAGGUUUCAACAGCUUUAUAGAUUGUUACAACAGCCCUGAAAUCGCUAUGCCAAACCCACCAAACUCCAUUUAGAAACCAGCAAAGUUAGCAUGUAUAAAGCCAGCAUGUUUUCCCUGUUAAACAUUUUUCAUUCAAAGUUGACAGAAACAAAAUAAAACUGUCUGGGUUCAUCUUUCCAGUGUUUCAACAAUCACAUACUCUGUUGGCUGAAAUAAACCUUUAAUGCACUCAGCUGUAUGUGAAAGAAUGCUGACACUAUACAUGCUAAAAUUACUGUUUAUUUAAAUGGAGUCUGGUGGGCUUGACGAUGGUGUUUCUUGGGCUGUUUCUGGUUCAACAAAAAGGAUCUGGCUCCGGAACAAAAAGGUCUAUCUCUGUAGGGAUCCUUUCCAUAAUGUUGUAAGACACAGAAUAACAAUCUGAGCCUGUCAGUGGCAAAACACAAGCACCUUUAGUGGACGUACAUUGACGGUGCAAAUUGCCCCUAGUUCUUACAUUGCAGCCUGUUUGGCCGCUGCUGGCUGCAGUCUUCUUUCUCAAUACUGGACCACUUUCAAAAACUGUUGUUCCCAUUAGUUAUUUAGACAAACACAUGGUAGAAGCGGGUGCAGAUUGAAAAAUAUUGAAGUUACCCUUUAAUCUAUCUCUGCUUGUAGUCUGAGAUGUUGUAUAAACCAGAUGCAGGGCUGUUGUAUUGGACUAGUUAGUUAGCUAGGUGUACCUAAUAAAUUGGCUUUGAUUCUGGUUGGUCACCAUCAUUUCAUUAGACCCUUUCAUCUUGGUUGAGGGAAUGUGUCAGACUGAGAGUUUAGUUAACUACAGAGCACAUGUUGUCACCCAGAGGCUUUAAUAUGGCAGUUGAAGCAGGUGACUCCAGCUGUGCACACAAGGACUCUCUCAGGGGCACUACUGUCAGUCAUUAAAGGGACAGGUAUUGACCACAUGCAGGGUUUUGUAGUGUAAGAUGUCCCGUGCCUUAUGAGCUCCACCAUCACUGAGGGAAGUCUUUGUUUCUGUGAGACCACAGCCUGAAUGGUUCCUUUUAACUCUGGUUGCACGGGGAGCACUUGAAAGUGAGAGGCCUCCCCAGCUUGCUCUUUUGACCACGCAGUCUGCUCUUUGGGCUCCUGCCCUCGACUGUUCAAUCCUAAUGCUUCCAUUCAAGCCUUUUUUCCUUCACACACCACUUUAGCCACCAGCAUGGGAUGCAAGGCGAGAAGAAGGAGAAAACUGAUGCUGUUGUACACUGUUUUAAAUUAACAGAUUUUAAUGACAAUUAAAGAUUUUAUGUUUUUUAA